AUGUCCCCCCUUAACCAACUAUAUGAUCUAUCUAGAUUCGUUGUGAUGCCAGUUUCCCACAAUGCGAUUGGUGCAAGCACCAUAAUCUGGCCUGUACCUACAAUAGACUUCGGGGUUCAACAUACGUUAGGUAUGGAGCUGCCGUCUGACAUUGGGUCUUAUCAAGAAUCCUCGGCUAAACCCCGUGUCCGUAGCCAGGUGGCUUCCCCAUCACCCGGACCUGAUGUCGAUUCUGAUCGACCGGCACUAUCCGCCUUUCCAUCCAUAGCAGAGGGGAUAGAACCCCCGAGACACGCAAACACAUUUCUGAACAAUGUCACUUAUUUCACAGGGUACCACAUCUUCCCUGAGGAAGGCCAGAAAUGGAUUGAAACACAGGUAGGGGAAAGCAUCGAAUUCGACAAACUGUUCGCUCUCGAACUCCAAUGGUUCCAGCCGCUCCGUUUCUUUGCUGACUCUGCGACGCACCCCUCUCCACUCCCAUCCCUUCCUCCAAGACCCGUCCUUGAACGGCACAUCCUAGUGUAUAGCUCUUCCUUUCAGAGUCUAGUGUUUCCUGUAGUCAGCAAGUCCACAUUUUGCAGGACAUUAGAUCUCGCCUACAGUCCCAUCCCAUCUCCAGGCUCUGCUAGCGCAAAAUCUUGCGUAUAUUCAUUCCUGGCCCUUGUGUCUCUGUUUGGCUUUGAUGACGCUAGCCAUGAUUGCAUGGAUUGCCGAUCUUUUCCACAACUGAUCACUCGCCAGGUUCAACUCCAAUACUUCUUGGGUGACCUGCGCUCUGCAGGUGUUACUCUGUCAAUAGCCACACGGCUUCUAUAUGCACUGGGUGCUCAUAUAUUACCCACUAAGGCCACCCCCUCUCGCGCCCCUGUCUAUGAUAAGAGCGACAUCAGAUGCCACCUGCGAGAUCUAUUCUGGCUCUGCUAUUCAUUCGACAAGGAUAUAUGCAUCAGGACAGGCCAACCACCAUCUUUAAACGACACGCACUGCGACUUGAGUCUGCCCGAUGAUUAUGUGCAGCUGCAAAACAUCAACCUCCAGCACGACAUGCCUCCUGUCAAUGACAACACUAUUCCUCUCUAUCCUUGGGAUCUUCGUUUGUCUAUGCUAAAAUCCAGAAUAUAUGAGGGCCUUUAUUCAGCAGUCUCUCUCUAUCAGAGUGCAUCUCAGUUGCUAUCGAGUAUCCGAGCUCUAGAUGAAACAUUAGAGCAAUGGAGGGUGUCCCUUCCCUCGGAUUUUCGGCCCACGCUGUAUUUUUCUGACGACACACACAUCAGUGCCAAUGUGAAUACCCAGGCGGUGAUGCUCAGGUUAGCAUACUAUCACUGCGUCACCUCAAUCCACCAAGCAGCAAACCGCUAUCGCAACUCAGCCUUGGACCCCGCAGGUACAUGGCUGAGCGGCAUAACUUCUAGCAUUAAUCUGUCUAUCACUGCCAGUCGGUCAACGCUGUCUUAUCUCAAGAGAGUGCUGCCCAUUAUAAAGGGGAAAUGUUUCUGGAUCAUACUAUUCUACGCUAUCACCGCAGUGUUGACUCUCUUUUGCGAUACCAUCUCUGACCCGCAUGGCCCUGAUGUACAUCACAAUGUCGAGCUAUUGCAAGAUGUUCCUGGGUUAAUCCAUCGCGUCCCUGUCCGACACCUAGCACUUGGGGAACUCACUCACCUGCAGUAUUUGAACGGAUUUACUACGGAGCUUGCUGCCAUUUGUGUGCGCGCCACAUCGAAGGCGCGAAGGGGAUAG